AUGCCGAUUUAUAUAAAAAAUCCUAACUCCGACGGUCCUUUAGACGAAUGGUGCAUAGUAGAACUCCAAGGCGAUCUGGAAGUGCGAGGGGACCGCUUGAUGACUGGCCAAUUCAUAGGUGAUCUACUGUACAAUAAAUAUGGACAACCGAUUUUGAUUAUCGGCCAUCACAUACUUCACGGUCGGUUGCAAAAAAUCGAUAAGCCUUUGCUGGUAAUUGAGAAGUCCGACAUACACAAAAAGAGUUCCUCCGCCAACGCAAAUGGGGACAACAACGGAGAGGAUGAAACAAUGCUGGACAUAAGCCAGGUGAGUCAGCUGGAUAGCACAAUCGCAUCGUCAAACCGCACCGUCCUGGACUCAACAGUAGCAGUGGAACAUAAAACCAUUCCGAAAACGGAAUACCUUGUACGCGCCGUGGUGAAACACAAGAUUCUUUUUAAGGCCCGCCCCAAGCCGAUUAUUGCAAACGUAGCUAAAACUGUGUAG